AUGUCUUUUGUAACUAGAGUUACAAAACUACAACAGGAGUUUCCAUUAGUACUUGAGUACAUGAAAACUGCGUUUGCGACCUUGAGUUUGGAGAAUCCAACUUUUAUCGCUGACCAAUUCUUUGAGGCCGAUAGCUCUAAUCAAGCCCCAUAUUUUUUGGGUGUCUUGAUUCAAGCUGCCUUAAGGGUGAAGUUAGAUGAAAAGCUCUUCAAACGGGUUAUGCACAAGCAACCCAACGGGGUGCUUGCGUGGUAUGCUUUCGCCAAGAAGUACAAGCUGAUUGAUUAUGAGUCUCAAGUCCAGGUCUUGCAUAACUUUGGUUAUGCCCUUACCAAAGGUAAUAGCGAAUUAAUGGAGAGAGCUACUACCGCGUUUGCGUAUUACUUUGACGUCCCGAAGAAGUUGAUUCCGCUUGCCGCAUCUGCCAUCAUGGAUGAUGGUACUAGGCAAAAGUUCUUCGAUAAAACUGGAUACAAUGAUCUAGAAGCCGGUUUUGAAAACUUAUCUUUUGACGAAGUGGCCGGAUUUUUCGAAGAAAUGAGUCAAAAGUAUAGUCGCAUUGAAGAAGAGAACCUGAUGGAGCUCGCCCAAAAUGUGGUGCACCAACGUGGGUCCAGUGGGAGAAAGAACUGGACUUGCUGGAACUGUGGUAAGAAGGGACAUAUCGCUAGGGAUUGUCCUAACCACAAGCCAGGGCUCUCUAAGUUUUACGAGAGAAAACCGGAUGCUAGAGCUUUCUAUCUGCAAACGGUGUUUGAUGCUGAAGAGAACCACUCUUCAGAGGAGGCUUGGUUGGUUGAAACCAAGCCUGGUCCUGGAACUGGUAUAUCCAGUGUUAAACCUAACUAUGGUCGCAAGAAAGCGUUUUCUACUGUAGGUGCGUGUAAAACAGAUGCCGCAGUGAGAUUUACGUUGGAUAGUGGGUCCACCUGUCAUCUUGCAAAUAUGAAGAUAAAGUUGGCCAAUGUCCGUCGCGAUGAUACCAAGGUGUUAGGUGUCAACGGUUUAAGUACCGUGAAACAACAAGGUGAUUUGUUGUCUCAAAAAUUGUCCGUUAACGGUAUCAAGUUAAUGGAUGGCUUGCCACGGAAUCUACUUUCAAUCCCGAAGAUUGUGGAUAGUGGAUUCGACGUGUUGCUUAGCAAGCAUAAUGGUUCUAUUGUCAACCGUAAAAAUGGUAAUGUUGUUUUGAACUUUCCAAGAGUUGGACCGUUCUGGGAAUUAAGCGUUAAAGCUGAUUCCGCCGAAGAGAUGGCCUUUAAUGUCGAAAGUUACGAGGGCUUAAAGGCUAUCAAAGAAGUGCAUGAAAGUAACAAUCAUGCGAAGUUGAGAACCAUGAAAGAGUUAUUGAAGGGCCGUGGUGUUUUAGAAGCUGAUAUUAAGUAUGUUUUGACCAGUUGUGAAACGUGUAUGUCCAAAGUCACCAAGCCGGGCGGUAAACCAGCUGUGCGAAAGUACAACGUUGGUGAGAUGAUUCAGGCUGAUGUUAUAGGUCCGAUAAACAAAGCUUAUGCCCUUAUUGUGUCAGACAGGGCCUCUAAGUUUGUUGCUCACAGGGUGCUUAAAUCAAGAGCUGAAGUGUCAGCCAAGACCAUUGAGUGUUUAGGAAUGUUCCAUAAUUUCCUUAAACAAGCUGAUUCAAACAAAAACAUUGUCAUGUUCCGUGCAGACAAUGAGUUUGAUACCAAUGCAAUUAAGAACUGGUUGGAUGGUAGCCCAUCGAGUGGUAGAAAUUUCAUUGAUUUCGAACCGACAGCCCCACAUUCGUCUCAUCAGAAUGGUGGAGCUGAGCGAUUGAAUGGUAUUUUACAAGAAAAAAUGUUUUCUAUCCUUAAGGCUUCGGGCGUAGACAUUUCGUAUUGGAACUUUGCCCUUAGCCAUGCGGUGUUUGUCCACAAUUAUCUACCAUUAAAUGGCGGGAGGUCCCCCUAUGAGUUGCUCAGAGAACAGAAAAAGGAAUUCCAAGUCAAAGCUCCUUUUGGAUGUCGUGUCUUUAUCAAAGAUUAUCACAGACAAAGCAAGUUUGAUCCUAUCCAAGAAGAAGCUGGUGUGUUUUUGGGAUAUAGCAAAACAACUAAAAUAGUUUUUGCACUCUUAAAAGAUGGUAGAGUGGUUAGAUCCAGUGCUUUCCGUUUUAUGCCAUUAGUUUAUCCUUUGAAGAAUGGUCAGGCCGCGCUCGGCGGUGGUGGUAGUGGUGGUGGCAUGUUUGUUGGCGGAGGAGGUGGCCGCGUUGGCGGUGUUAGUGGUGCUUCAGGAGGUGUACAUGUUCCUGAUCGUGAUAUGUCAGUUGACUCUAUUGCUGCUUUUGAUGAAAACCUUGAAAAUGUUACUCAAGAUAGUUCAUUUUCAGGGGGGGAUGAGUCCUCUGUUGAAGAAGAAGACCAAGCUGAGCCGUUUGAUGUUGAUAUGAGUGAUGCUACUGCUUCAAAAUCCGAUGGUCAAACUACUCCUGAACAGGUUGGUGCUAAACAAGCUUCUCCAGAUCCAGUCUUCCCAGACCCAAUGCCUAGAAGUGAAUCAUCAGGCGAUGUUGAGUUGACAAUCCAAAGUCAUAUAUUGGGUUUUGUACAGAUGGCUCAACGGUUAACACGGGUAUCAAUGUGUUGA